AUACAUGUUAUCGUUUCAACCCGCUCGAGCAGGAGGGAGGGAUAUUGAGGCCAGCUGAUGAGCUGUCUGAGAGGCGGAAGUGAGGUCACCAGGAGCGCGUCCAUGUUAUUAUUGUUAUUUUGGUAGCUGGCAGUGUGAUGAGACGGACUGGAGAGCCGUCGGGCUCAAAUACUAGGUUAUUGCUCUUCCAGGCCGCCCCGGACUAAGCAGUAAUCCCGGAGAAAGAAGCCCUGUCGCCGGCAGGGGAGAGCACCCAGUCCAGGCUCUUCUCCCACCAGCAGCCCUUCCAACGACACAGGCUACAAAAACAAUAGGGUAUCCGCCAAACCUAACGCUUAGCCCCAGACGUGUUGUGUACGGUAACACCCUCCGCAGAUAUGAACGGCAUCACCAAGGGCAGGUUUGAGGUGUUUUCCUCCAGUGAUGAAGCUCCAAUUAACAAGAAGCUUCCUAAGGAGCUGCUGCUCAGAAUCUUCUCCAAUCUGGAUGUGAUCACAUUGUGCAGGUGUUCCCAGGUGUCCAAGGCGUGGAAUGUCCUGGCCUUGGAUGGUAGUAACUGGCAGAAGAUUGAUCUGUUCAACUUCCAGACAGACAUAGAGGGUAGAGUAGUGGAGAACAUCUCUAAGCGAUGUGGAGGCUUCCUGAGGCAGCUGAGUUUGAGGGGAUGUCUCAGUGUGGGAGAUGCAUCCAUGAAGACAUUUUCCCAGAACUGCCGAAACAUUGAGGUGUUGAACCUGAACGGCUGCACUAAGAUCACAGACAGCACCUGUCUCAGCCUCUCCAAGUUCUGCUGCAAACUCAAACAGCUGGACCUCACCUCCUGCGUGUCUGUUACCAACCACUCCCUCAAAGCUCUCAGUGACGGCUGUAGUAUGUUGGAGAUGUUGAACCUGUCGUGGUGUGACCAAAUCACCAGAGAUGGCAUCGAGGCUCUGACCAGGGGCUGUAACAACCUACAAGCCCUGUUCCUACGUGGCUGCACACAGUUGGAGGAUGGAGCACUGAAACCCCUCCAGAAACACUGUCCUGAACUAACCACUAUCAACAUGCAGACCUGCUCAAUAACUGAUGAUGGCUUGGUCAGUCUGUGUCGGGGGUGCCACAAGCUGCAGGUCCUGUGUAUCUCUGGCUGCAGUAACAUUACAGACGCCUCUCUCACCGCUCUGGGGCUCAGCUGCCCCCGACUCAAGAUCUUGGAAGCAGCACGAUGUUCCCAUGUUACAGACGCUGGGUUUACUGUACUGGCCAGGCAUUGUCAUGAGAUGGAAAAAAUGGAUUUAGAAGAAUGUGUUUUGGUGACUGACAACACUCUAGUCCAGCUCGCUAUUCACUGCCCUCGCCUGCAAGCACUGUCUCUCUCCCACUGUGAGCUGAUAACUGACGACGGUAUCAGGGCGCUGAGCAGCAGUGUGUGUGGACAGGAGCGCCUCACGGUGGUGGAGUUGGAUAACUGCCCUCUGAUCACAGACGGGACUCUGGAGCACCUGAAGAACUGCCACCGUCUGGAGAGGAUAGAACUCUACGACUGCCAGCAGGUCACCAGGGCCGGCAUCAAACGCAUACGGGCCCAUCUCCCAGAGAUAAAGGUCCACGCCUACUUUGCCCCGGUGACGCCCCCUCCCUCGGUGCACGGCGGGGGCCAUAGGCUGUGUCGCUGCUGCGUCAUCCUCUGACAGUGGAGGGCCCGGGGGGGGCAGCUCUGUCUACAGGGCCUAAUGCUGUGACCCCCCCCACCCAACAACAAUAACUCACCGCCACGUGAUGAGACUGACCCUGAACCCCAUCACGACUACACCGCACCCUGAACCCCACCACGACUACACCGCACCCUGAACCCCACCGCGACUACACCGCACCCUGAACCCCACCACGACUACACCGCACCCUGAACCCCACCACGACUACACCGCACCCUGAACCCCACCACGACUACACAGCACCCUGAACCCCACCACGACUACACCACACCCUGAACCCCACCGCGACUACACCACACCCUGAACCCCACCACGACUACACCGCACCCUGAACCCCACCACGACUACACCGCACCCUGAACCCCACCACGACUACACCGCACCCUGAACCCAACCGCGACUACACCGCACCCUGAACCCCACCACGACUACACCGCACCCUGAACCCCACCGCGACUACACCACACCCUGAACCCCACCGCGACUACACCGCACCCUGAACCCCACCACGACUACACCGCACCCUGAACCCCACCACGACUACACCGCACCCUGAACCCCACCACGACUACACCGCACCCUGAACCCCACCACGACUACACCGCACCCUGAACCCCACCACGACUACACCACACCCUGAACCCCACCACGACUACACCGCACCCUGAACCAAUAACCGCAAGGUCGUGUUCACUAGGCACUAAACGGGAGAUUUUUGAAAAUGGUUCUUCCCAAACUUUUUCCAAUGAUUAAACAAAAUUGUUACAUUUUAUGUUUAAAUGUUUUUCUACGGUCUGACACCCCCCCAUCACUACUGAUCUCUGAUCAAUACCCUGGACAUGGACCCCCCCAUCACUACUGAUCUCUGAUCAAUACCCUGGACAUGGACCCCCCCCAUCACUACUGAUCUCUGAUCAAUACCCUGGACAUGGACCCCCCCCCCAUCACUACUGAUCUCUGAUCAAUACCCUGGACAUGGACCCCCCCAUGACUACUGAUCUCUGAUCAAUACCCUGGACAUGGACCCCCCCAUCACUACUGAUCUCUGAUCAAUACCCUGGACAUGGACCCCCCAUCACUACUGAUCUCUGAUCAAUACCCUGGACAUGGACCCCCCCAUCACUACUGAUCUCUGAUCAAUACCCUGGACAUGGACCCCCCCAUCACUACUGGUCUCUGAUCAAUACCCUGGACAUGGACCCCCAUCACUACUGAUCUCUGAUCAAUACAGACUGAUUGAUCACUACUGAUAAAUGAUCAAUUGGACUCUGAGGUUCCUACUCAGGGGAGGAGGGGUGGGGUCUUCUCUCUCUGACAGAACUCUGAGUCGGCCAUCACUCACCUCCCAGACCCCUCCUCUCAAACUACCUUCACCUUCCAGACCCCUCCUCUCAAACUACCUUCACCUUCCAGACCCCUCCUCUCAAACUACCUUCACCUUCCAGACCCCUCCUCUCAAACUAUCUUCACCUCCCAGACCCCUCCUCUCAAACUACCUUCACCUCCCAGACCCCUCCUCUCAAACUACCUUCACCUUCCAGACCCCUCCUCUCAAACUACCUUCACCUUCCAGACCCCUCCUCUCAAACUACCUUCACCUCCCAGACCCCUCCUCUCAAACUACCUUCACCUUCCAGACCCCUCCUCUCAAACUACCUUCACCUUCCAGACCCCUCCUCUCAAACUACCUUCACCUUCCAGACCCCUCCUCUCAAACUACCUUCACCUUCCAGACCCCUCCUCUCAAACUACCUUCACCUUCCAGACCCCUCCUCUCAAACUACCUUCACCUUCCAGACCCCUCCUCUCAAACUACCUUCACCUUCCAGACCCCUCCUCUCAAACUACCUUCACCUUCCAGACCCCUCUUCUCCAAAACUACCUUCACCUCCCAGACCCCUCCUCUCAAACUACCUUCACCUUCCAGACCCCUCCUCUCAAACUACCUUCACCUCCCAGACCCCUCCUCUCAAACUACCUUCACCUUCCAGACCCCUCCUCUCAAACUACCUUCACCUUCCAGACCCCUCCUCUCAAACUACCUUCACCUCCCAGACCCCUCCUCUCAAACUACCUUCACCUUCCAGACCCCUCCUCUCAAACUACCUUCACCUUCCAGACCCCUCCUCUCAAACUACCUUCACCUUCCAGACCCCUCCUCUCAAACUACCUUCACCUUCCAGACCCCUCCUCUCAAACUACCUUCACCUUCCAGACCCCUCCUCUCAAACUACCUUCACCUUCCAGACCCCUCCUCUCAAACUACCUUCACCUUCCAGACCCCUCCUCUCAAACUACCUUCACCUUCCAGACCCCUCUUCUCCAAAACUACCUUCACCUCCCAGACCCCUCCUCUCAAACUACCUUCACCUUCCAGACCCCUCCUCUCAAACUACCUUCACCUCCCAGACCCCUCCUCUCAAACUACCUUCACCUCCCAGACCCCUCCUCUCAAACUACCUUCACCUCCCAGACCCCUCCUCUCAAACUACCUUCACCUCCCAGACCCCUCCUCUCAAACUACCUUCACCUUCCAGACCCCUCCUCUCAAACUACCUUCACCUUCCAGACCCCUCCUCUCAAACUACCUUCACCUUCCAGACCCCUCUUCUCCAAAACUACCCUGCCUUUCCAGACCCCUCCUCUCUAAUACUUGGACUAGUGGAUGAGGGGGGAUGAUCCUAAAGAGGCAGAGGACUAAAACCCACAAAAUGUUGGACAGUGUUAUUCAGGAUGGUGGAAUGGUACAGAACGUGCACAUAGAAGUAUGUUGUGUAGAAGAGACGUGAUGAGGAGCGUUGGUAAUCGUGUCAGCUCCAUAUGCUACGUUUCUAUCUGCAAGGUUUCCAGUCUUGCCCUUCUAACCACACCCCCUGGACAACGCAUCACUCUGGGUGGAACUUCAUCUUAACCAAUCACAUGCCACCUCUGUGUCACCAUGCUGCGAGUCAACCUGCUGCAACCAAUCGACACGCACAGCUCUGUGGAUCUGAAAAGGGGAUUCUGGGAAGUGUAGUGAUUCUGGGUGCGAGCAGAGAGGAUGCUGGGAUAGCCCUGACUCACGGCGAUGUAGGGGACACCACUAAACCCCGCCCAUCCAGAGGCAAACAGAAAACCAGAACAAAGUACAAAGCUGAACAUUUUGACGUUUUUGUUGUGCACCUGAGAACCUGCCUGUUUGAGACUGUGUUUUUGUUUGUAAGAGAGUUUACAAUGAGGCAACUCGCCCUCGGAUUGGAGUUGACCAGUAACAAAUGAUUAUUUUCCCUCUUUUUCAGUGCUUAUUGUUAUUGUCCAUGCUUAUCUAUCCAGAGGGAGAGCAGAUCUGUGUGCAUCUCUCCUUUUGAAAAUAAUGAAAACAAACUGUUACUGUUGGACAGAAAUGGACCGUCUCUGUCAGAAAAUAGCAUCCAAUGACAUCACUGGAACGUGUACUCUGGGCCUUCUGUGUGGCUGUGGAACACACAGGCCUGGUUCCAAACUGACCACUAGCCCCUUGACCACUAAGCAUCUCCUGACUCACCCUCAAUCAAAUGAAACGGAGAGGUUUGAGCCUAAGCGAUGAUCAUGUGUCUUUAGAUUUUAAAAAAUAAAAUAAAAUCUGGAGCAGUGGAUUCAAGCAACAUGGCAGAUACUUCACACAGUCUACCAGAUAACUUCACACAGUCUACCAGAUAACUUCACACAGUCUACCAGAUAACUUCACACAGUCUACCAGAUGGAGAUUGAGGUCAAGCUAUAGACCCGCUAUGUUACUGUUACCUACCAUGUAAUCUCUUGUGGACAGAUGUGCAUAACAGAACUGGUAUUGUAGCAUCUGUCAGCAGACUGUGGGUUGCGCCGACUAGCGAUGAAAUUUGUUCUGGUGCGCAGAUCUUUCAUCACUGGUAAUUUGGACAAAUCACGAUUUCGCAGGCGUCUUUUCGAAUUUCGGAAGAGUAAGGGGACAUUUGGCCCAUACACCUCUCCUGUAACCUGGAUCUCCUAGUUCUAGUAUAUUCUCUAACACGUCUGCCCCCAGAACUUAAUUAAGCAUCUAACGCAAUUGCACAGGAUUUUUCACUCUGGGUGUCCGAGAUGACCUACCAUGUGUUUUCAGAUGUUCCGGGGCUAAGGGAAGGGGGUCAGGGCUAGGGGCCAGUCCAGGGUUUGGGACAAGGCCUGUCCGUGUUUAGUCUCAGACAGACAGAAGCGUGUAGUAUAUAAUAUGGGUGUUUGACUCGGAUGCGUCUGGUUCCAGGUCAAUAAGCUGACUGACCUCUAGGGUUGGGGGGGUCAGUUCUUUAUUAAUUCAGUCUUUGAAAUGGAAUUGAUCCCAACCCUGCUGACCUCACUGUGUGGCAGUGAUACUAACGCCUCUCUUUCACAGCUGAUCUAACAGGAGCUUUAUGUUGAAAAUGAAUAAAUAUAACAUAAAUAAAUCAAAGUAACUGAUUAGUAAACGUGCUCUGACUGGCUCUACAGUGGAAUUUGUUGAAAUAAAUGUUCUGAGUAGCGCUUACUCUGA